AGAGAGAUGGCAGAGCAGAGGGAUCGGAAGGUGGAGAGAGGUGAAGAAGAGAGAAGACAGAAGGAUUCAGUAGGAGAAGUAGAUAAGGAAAAGCUGGUGGAAGGGCUGCCUAUGGAUAGUAGCCCUUACGUGAAGUAUUCAGAUUUGGAGGACUACAAGCGCAAAGGUUACGGCACCGAAGGCCAUCUCGAUACUGUGCCUGGGCGAGGUGCUGGCGGCACCGACGCUCCCACCCUCUCUGGUGGCGCAGUUGCCCAGGGGCGCCCGGAUCAGCCCCGCUAGCUCUAUGCCCCCGAUCCCCUUCCAUUCCAUGCUUUGUUGUUGUUCUCUUUCUCUUCCACGUCA